UGCGCCGCAGUCUUCCUCCUGUUGCCGGGCAACGGCCUGUACACAAGAUGGCGUCCGCCGGAGGGCCCUUUUUCCCAUGAGAGAGGGAAGGGGGGGAGAUUAAAAUAAGCGGACGAAGAGGCCCCCACCGCACCUCACCCCGGGAUGCAGACUCGCAGCGGCUUCUCCGCAAGGAGCAGGCUCCGGAGCAGCCAUGGCGACGAGGGCGGGGCGGCGCAGCUGCGCUCCUGGGCGACCUCGCCGUCCGUCACCUUCUCCCUCCUCCUCAGCCGCUUCGACGAGCGGUUCCCACGGGGCACCAAUGGGGAGGGCCUGGACGACGAGACCAGCUUCAGCCAGGACGAAGAGUUCGAGCUCGAGCUCGGCGAAGAGGAGUCCACCGAAUCCGAGCCAGAGCCGGAGCCCAUGGAGGAGGAAUUUGAUGGUGUAUUGGAUGAAGAAAUGACUGCUGAAGCCCUGCAUAAAUUGGGGCGUUCAGCCCCUGGCACAGAACAUGUCUACCUCAGUCUGUCGCUCUCGGAUCGCAGAUUAAGUGACAUUAGUGUUCUCUGCAAAUACAUUCACCUCGAGAAGCUAGACCUUUCCUGCAAUAAAAUUAAUGAUCUUUCGUGUGUGAGCCACAUGCCUUACUUGCUGGAACUGAAUGCUUCACAGAACGAACUCAUCACAUACUUUGACUUCAAACCACCUAAGAAUCUUCAAGUAGUGAAUUUUUCACACAACAAGAUCUCAGCGAUGAAAGAUCUUUCUGCCUACCAGUCACUUGCAAAGCUCAUCCUGGACAAUAAUGAGAUCGAGGAGAUUCGAGGUCUAGAGAAGUGCCACAGCUUGACUUACCUGAGCCUGGCGAACAACAAGAUCACAGCCGUCACUGGCCUGAGAAAAUUACCCAUCAAAACUCUCUGUCUGAAAUCAAACCAGAUAACGAAAGCUGCUGGCUUAGAGGAGCUAAAAGUUCUACAGAUCUUGGACUUGUCUGGCAAUCAAAUCAGCAGUUUGGAAGGCCUGGAAGAGCACAAUCUACUCGAGGAAAUCAACCUAAAAGAUAACCAGGUGGCUGAACUGGGUGAACUGGAAUACAUUGAAACCUUGCCUCUGCUCAGAGUGUUUAACCUGUUAAACAAUCCAGUGCGGCAACACAGGGAUUAUUGGCUCCUGGUCAUUUUCAUGCUACUUCGACUAACAGAGCUGGAUCAUAAGAAAAUCACUGUGCAAGAAAAGGUUGCAGCGGUGAAUAAGUACGACCCUCCUCCUGAGGUGGUGGCCGCCCAGGAUCACAUGACCCAAAUCAUGUACAGCAUGAUGCAGCCACAACGGAUCUUCGAUAGCACUCUGCCCAGCCUCGAAGCCCCCUACCCCAUGCUGGUGUUGACUGGACCCCUGGCCUGCUGGAAGCGAGAACUUUGUCACAGGCUCUGCAGAAAAUUCAACAACUAUUUCAGAUACAGUCCCUGCCACACCACAAGGACUGCUUAUUUCGGAGAAGAAAACAGAUUAGACUACUAUUUUGUUUCCCAGGAGGAGUUUGACAAAAUGGUGAAUACGGGGAAGUUUAUUGCGUCUUUUAAAUACAGCAGCUUCUACUACGGACUGGGCCGGGACACCAUUGAAUCCAUUGCACGGGAGGGACUUGCAACCUGUGUUCACUUGGAAAUAGAGGGUGUUAGGAGCUUGAAGAAUUCCUACUUUGAACCUCGCUACAUCCUACUGAUCCCAAUGAACAAAGAAAAAUACGGGGGUCACCUGCGAAGGAAGGGUCUGUUCAGUAGGGCAGAGAUUGAUGAAGCAAUCUGUCGGGUGGACAUGUACAUCAAACUGAAUCAGGAUUUCCCAGGGUUCUUUGAUGCAGUCAUCAACGUAGAUGAUUAUGACGAAGCAUUCACCAAGCUGAGCUACCUCAUUGAGGAGUUCCUGGGACUAAAACAACCGUCGGAAACUGAGGUCACAGUUCCUGCAUCGAACAGCAAUCUCCUUACAGUUCCAGAUGAGACACCCUCGGCACUUCCGAAAGCAACCACUGUCAAAGGAACUGACGGCGUAGCACCAUUGCCCACUCCCAAUGCAUUUAUGGACUCAUCCGCCAAAAACUACUCUGCCGUCAUAUCAGCCAAACUUUCAGCACAAAAGACACCAGUGGAGGAGGCUUCUCUGCAGAGGCGGCAACGCACAGCCAAGCAGGGACUGGUAGGGAAGGCUGUUAGCUCCUACUCCCAGCUGUUUCAAAGGGAUUUUGCCAGCACCUCAGGAGCAGUUGGUGUCUCGCAUGCUCGAUUUCUGGAACCCACGCCUCACCUUUCCACACUGCCAACUAGGACCACCACCAGCCCGGAUCGUGGCAUCCCACCCACUAGCCCAGACCAAAGCUCCAAAGAUGCACGCGCUACACCCGGGGCACCGCUCAUCUCCUCGCCGAGAGCAUUUUCAUCCAUGCGCCCAUCUUUUCAGACGCCAGUGGCCAACGUGGUUUCAUCCGCUGAGAGCAACGAUGACCAGGAAGGCAGAAAAGAGGUGACCCUUCCUCCUGACACCAAAGAGAAGAAGACUCCCAAACCCAAACCCACUUCUCCUCUCGCACCCCAAGUCGUAGUCCGUCCAGGUUCCAACACCAAGCCGGUGCUCCCUCCCAUCCCAUCAGGGCGGAAAAGAAACAAGCCUUCGGGAUCUGACAUGCACACUGCUUCUACAAUGCCUAGUCCAAAGCCUUCGCCGUAACAGUUUACCACCGCCGCCACCACUCUGCCGGGAAAAUACAGCACAAGACUUCUUUAUUCCCAAGUGCCCUGAAUAGCUCCUCCCUUCCGAGAUCUGUCUGCAGGCUGCUCGGACCCUCUCUUGCAGGAAACAGGCCAUUCAAAACAGGAUGGAUAUUUUGGGUGCUGUUAUGGUGACACAGCACUCGCCCGGGGCGCCAUUUUUAGAGGAUGUUGGCUGCACAUUGUAAGUUCAUUUAAAUGUACAUCUUGGAAUAUAUAACUCCUGACGUGAUUUUCCUUUGGAAACGACAAGCAUUUCCCUUCAGCCUUAGUCAUCUA